AAAUCACCCCUUGUGCUGUAAUUGGCAUUGUUCCGGUCUGGAGAUGUCAUCUAAAUUGCCUAAAACAAAAAAAGCAUCCCUGGUGACCAUCAACCCUGCAGGGUGUUAAUUGAAAAAGGCAAACAAAUGGAGAGCCAUGGUAAUGAUGAGGGUUAAAAUAAAGGGGUUUAUUACCUCAGACUCAAAAUGCAGCAGGCACGAGAUGGAGUAAAACGUACAACUUUCUCAAUAUAGAAUGUUAAAAGACAUGGAAUUAGUCGUUAUUUGACUGGAGAUGAGAAGUAAUUUCACCGUUGUUUGGGGACAAGUGAACAACACAUGGCAAGACACUAUAGAAGUUGCAUUUGUAGCUGCCAAUUGCCUAGUUUUGCUGGUCACUUUACACGUCGGAAUUCUCGCAAACUUGUUCGUGGCGUGGGCCGUACACCACCAGAAGUCGCUCCAGACGUCCAACAACGCUCUCCUGGUGAAUCUGGCCGUUAUUGACAUCUUGCGAUGCGCCAUUGAUUGCCCAUUGCUCCUCAGCAUUGUUUUGAGCGCGCGAGACCUCGGACUGCUUUUCUGCAGCGCGCAGAUCGCGUCGUUUUCGCUCAUCUGUUGCGUACAGUUGCUCACGCUCGCGUGUAUCAGCGCCGAGCGAUAUCAAGCCAUCGCACAUCCGUUUAAAAGUACCGAGCGUAGAAAACGGAUAACAGUGUGGAUUCUCCUGACCUGGCUGGUUCCGAUCUCCAUAUCGGUAAUUUGCGUGAUAUUUGCGAAAGACUCGCCAGUGUACGUAAGAUGCAGAGGUCUGCGGAUGGAGACUUUCGACUCUUACGACACGUUUGGACUUUAUAUUUUGACUCCCGUCUGGUGCGUUUGUUUGACGGCCAUCAUUGGAUUCUACGGCCGCAUUUUCCUUUUAGUAAGAGCGCACGGGCGGAAAAUAUUCGAUAAGGGUUCGUUUCUACCACCAGAUAAGAAGAAAGAAGAUAAAAAACAAAAACAGGAGGAAACAAAGACUAACAUUAAAAGUGAUACAGGUAAAUCCACAGACAAUGGAUACUGAUACUUUAAAACCGAAUGAAAAAGAGCAGUCCGGAGAAAACCCACUGGAUUUACAUCCAACAUCUGAGGAACUUCCCAUUACAACUGUGACUGACUACUUGGAUAUAAAUAAACCAGAGUUUGUGACUGAAAAAU